AUGUCGACCAUAACUCGAGCCUUUACCAAGCGCCACAAGCGUCCCGAGGUCUCUGCGCCAAUGCCCUAUCGCGAAGGUCAGGUCAAGUUCACCGCGGGGACCAUCAAGCGGGGAAAGAUUUCUGGACCGGUCGAGUUAAUCUCCACAACGAACAUGUUGGCCUACAAUGCGCCCGAUAUCCACUCGGCUGUCUCUUCGUCAUCUUCCUCUUCACUGCAGUCUCCCGACGACUCCGAGCUGUCUUUCUCUCAGCGAAGCUUUGGCUCUCCCGUCACAACUCCAGACGAUUCACCGAUUGAGCCGAACUCCUUGUCGUCAUAUUUUCCGAAGCGAUCUGCAACAGUGACUAGCCAUCCUCGGUCGUCAACCUCGACCACCUCGUCGACAGAUGCACCCUUGGUGCCCAAACGCGCUCUAUCGCAUACGAAACGAUCUCACCAAGAGUUGGCUCGCCAGCGUUCCUUGUCACGGUUGUCUCCGCCACCAUUGAACUCCAUGCGCAACAGCCCCUCCAUCCGAACGACUCAAGAUUUCUUCAAACCCGAGCCCCAUCCGUUCGGGAAGGAGUUGGAGCAGGUCAAUGAAGUGGCAGAGGAGUUCAACAGCAGCGCUACUCGCGUGCUCGAUGAGGAGGAGAUGGUCUUGCUCAACAAGGGACUGAGGAAAUUUACAGCGAACGACUAUCUUGUUGAGAUAGAGGAACUCUAUGGGAGCAUCUUCGACGAUCAUCUCGGGCCAGUCGCCACUGGGUCUUGGCUUUGA